UUCAAAGGUAGAAUACCAAUUCAUAAAAUUAACACAAAGUCCGUCACACUAUAGACUCUUUUCUAACCGUGAGUGCCCACCUGUCUCUGCUUGAGGUGGCUUCUGCGGAUUAUAAUUUUUUACUGACAAUUAUUUUCAUUUAUGGAAGAAAUUAGAAAUCUUAAAAACAAUAACUAACCAAAUACUGUGGUUUAAUGGAGCUUUACCGGAGCAUGUACUUUAUUUUUGAAGAUGAAAAACAUCAAAGAUGUGGUUCUGACGCUGACUUAGACUGCUGACUUCAUUUCACAACCGUGAGAACACGGAGAAGCAGGAAACUGAGGUUCCAGAGAUUAUAGGUUGUGGUUUUGAGUUUUGUCAGUAGAUUUGUUUCAAAGAACACAGUGCUUUGUGGUUUAAUUUGAUGACACUCACAAGAUAAUCUUUCAUUGCAAGGAAAUGCAAUAAAAAAAAACAAGUCCAGCAAAUUAAUAGUGUCAAUUGAAACAAAACCUAUGUUUAUUAAAAGGAGCAUUUUUUGCAUGCUCCGUAAUAUUUAGUGUAGGUUAAACAUGCAAAACCUUGGUGUAAGUGAGACAUUUAAGUGUGUCUUGUUGGCAUUAAUCUACAUUGAAAAGUGAUUUUGUGUAAAGAGUAUUAAGCUAUGCUUACAUGCAUCCUGCAUGUAAAAUUACAGGUUAACAGGAGUUGUGUUUGAUUCUCAUUGUAAAGGUGAUGUGCUGUUUCAGAACUGAUCUCAUUAGAAUGCUUUGAAGAAAUCUUCAAAAAUAUCAUCUGAUAUGACCCAGAUGAAUCAGAAAUAAACCCCUUUCUGAAAAAUGAAUACUUCUAAGGUUGUUGCACAUCUGUCUGCAUGACUCAGCAAGUUUGCUCUCACCCAGGCCAUAGUAAUUCAGAUCUUAAUACCAUGCUUUCUGUUUGAAUCCAUGCCUGAAAGAGGUAUUGAUGAUUGUCUGUUUAUGAUUUGAUUACUCAUGAUAUGUGCUGCUGACAAUCCAGACAGAGCUCUCUUUCAGUUUGGUGGAAGUUUGAAUUGAGUAAACCUUUGGGGUUUUUGAUAGGCUGCUAUUUCUGCUACACAUACUUUUGCUGGGAGAAAUUAGGAAUUCCAGUCUUUAGACAGGCCUGUUCAAAAUCUCACAAUGUGGCUUUACCAUUCCUUCUUUGUUCCAAUACAUAAUCCUGCACCUUUGCUCUCACCCAGGCCUGAUGAACCCUGUUGACAUGCAGACAUCACCGCUAUGGCUGAGCAUUAAGUGCUUCGCAUGCAUAUGUUUGUUUCGUGUAAUUUUAGAAGUUUCUAUGAUUUAAACUGACCCUAUUAGAUUAGUUAUCUUUUCAAAAUGUCUGUCACUGAGAGUCAUAUCUGUGUUUCGGAGAAGAGACUUGAUGAGUCAUAAUGGUCCUUCAGACUUCAGAUGACAGCCUUGAGGAGGCUCAGUGAAUAGGAGAUUUAAAAAGAAAUGGCUUAUUGAUAAUGCCAUUUGUGCUAAGACAGAAAUAGUGUAAUGGAUUUUGUGAAAUGUAACUUUAUGAAAUCACAGAGGCGUUUCGUAGAUUCGCUAUUUGCUCCACUGUUCUUACUCACAGAGACUCGUAGCCUGAGACUGUGAAAACUAUUGCGUCAAGGUACUCGGAGGGCAAGGGUGAAGAGAGACCUUUAGACCUAAAACCUCAGAGAGUGGUUUCAGUUUGUCAUCUACUUUUUAAAAAUUAUGCUGAGCUGAGCUCACCCUCUAACUGCACAGAGCAUAUGUGCUUCAAGUUUUCCAUCUAGAACCACAUAAGUUCUGUUUACUGUAACUUAAACCCAAUGAGCUCCCAUUGGUUUACUGACCACGGGUGCACAGUGACCGCACAUAGACAGGGGGGGCUUCACUGACAUGUUCGAUAAAAACCACAGGCUGUAUAUAAGAGAAUACUUCAAUCCUCAGCCGACAAUAUACUACGAGGAUGAUGAUAAAAAUGAUGGCGACAUGGUGGGUCUUAAUGCUCUUCCUUGUUCUGGCAGUCCUCAGACAAAAAGCUCAUGGGACUGAGAUUAUUAAUGGCAAAAAAGUACCUGAUCGUUUGAUGCUUUAUGUGGCUUCGGUUCAGAACAACAAGGGUCAGCAUAUGUGUGGGGGAUUUCUCAUCAGUGAAGACUUUGUGGUUACGGCUGCACACUGUGAUAAACUUAACCCUAUAAGUGUUGUACUUGGAACUCACAACCUCGAGAAAGUUGAUGAUGGCACAAUGAGAUAUAAUGUAACCCGGUGCAAGUACCCAGAUUUCAACAGUGUUACAUCUGGCAAUGACAUUAUGCUUCUCAAACUGUCUAGGAAAGUGCAACUCAACAACAAAGUGCAGCCGAUCCAAAUACCGAAGGGUGAGAUGAAAGUGAAAGAUAAAGCUAAGUGUCGCGUUGUUGGCUGGGGCUACACAAGAGCUGGUGGCAAAGCUUCCAAUGUGCUGGAAAUGGCUGAAGUGACCUUAACAAAUCUGAAGGAAUGUAAAACUAAAUGGAAAUCUUUGAAGCUCGAUCUUCCAAACAAUGUGAUUUGUGCAGGUGGACAUAACGCAAAAGCAGGAUUCUGCAAGGGUGAUUCAGGAGGACCUCUAGUGUGUGGAGCAACAGCUGCAGGCAUUGUGUCUUUCAACAGGGAGUGUGACCCAAAUAUCCCUAAUGUUUAUACAGAUGUAUCAAAAUACGUGUCCUGGAUAAAAAAGAUUCGCAAGCAAAAACAAUGCUAAGUGGAACGCAUCAUGCACAUAUUUCUUGUACUGUUUCUGUGUCUGUCUGUGUUUGCUCUUUCAUCGCAAGAUGAAAGGCAAUAAAACGUGUUUUGAAACUUGGGAGUUGUUUCAUUUC